AUGUGUUACGGUCAAAUGCGAGCUAUUUUUUACUUUAAAUCUUCCGGUCCAUCGUGUAUAAAAGCCUGUGAGUAGUAAAAGGGACUUUCAUUUCAAAUUACCUGCUAGUCAGAACAAGAGUUCCUGCCAUCCUAAAGCUUUCUUUCUGGGGGAGAAUCUUUCAAAGUAGACUCAGCCUUACGCAUCAAGAAAGAUAACCGAAAACAUGAAUAAUGGGUUGACAUUUCGUGCUUGGUCUUUGAGUCGACAAAAAUACUUGGUCUUAACUGAAGAUGGUGGAAAGAAGACUCCUAAAAUCAGAGCAACAGGCGAUGAUGAAGGAAAAGAAAGUCAAUUCACAAUGGUACUGAAUACCGCAAUCGAAACUUUUAACGAAAAUUCCGCCCACUUAGUGUUUACAGCACAGGACGGUCAGAAUUAUGCUUUGACUACCGACUUAAAAAAUGGAACUGUUUCGUUUACGAAGUACGAAAAAUCUUCAGAACAUAUUGGAGCCUUCGUUAAGGAGUCGUUGGGUGAGCAAGGACCAACCUAUGCUCUUAGGGUUGCACAGAGUCAGAGUUGCAUUGCUGCCAACAAAGAUGGCUUUCUGUCGCUGAGACCAUUUGAGCGGAUUUAUCCUCAUCCAGACACCAUUUUUGUUCUAUCUAAAGUUUAAACAGAUAAAGUAAUGGUUAGGUCGAAACUGAGUUGAUGCCAUUCGUAAUAAGGCAAUAAGGACGCUUUUUGGCUUUCAAUGUUUUUGGCAGACACCAUUUUUGUUCUAUCUAAAGUUUAAACAGAUAAAGCAAUGGUUAGGUCGAAACUGAGUUGAUGCCAUUCGUAAUAAGACAAUAGGGACGCUUUUUGGCUUUCAAUGUUUUGGCAUUCAGUGUUUUUGGCUUUAGUGCUUUUGGCUUUCAGUGUUUUUGGCACUAAAAAGAAUCUCAUCUCAAUAAAUGAUAGGGAACUUGUUGUAUUCUUUCUAGAAACCAUUACUCUCUUUGUGUCCUCUAUGAGGCAGCAUAAGUAACUGUUUGUAACAGCAAAUA